AAUCUUGGAGAGGCUUACUUGAUUUUUGAGUCAAACCAAUUGUGCCUCCAAUAAAUGCCAAACUUUGCCUUGCUCCCUGCAACACAGCAAUCGAGGAUGGAGGUGAAUUUGCUCCGACUAGAUCUAGGGUUGGCUCACUAUUCUACAAGCUAUUGUGCAAAGCGAAGGGGUGGCUUGACUCUGUUAUGGAAUGAUGAGCUUAACCUUCAAGUUUCCUCUUUCUCGCCAUUAAUAGAUCUAGGGUUGGCUUUGCUAUUCUGCGAGCAAUUGUGCAAAGAGAAGCCAUCUCACAUCGAUGUUGUAAUACUAGAUCCGGGUGGAUGUCAAUGGCCAUUAACAGGGUUUUCUAGCCAACCAAAGACGGUUUCUCCUCUGCUUUGGCUGCGUUUAGGCAACAUCAAUGCUACCUUGAGCAAAUCGGAAAAGGAGAAGGGCAUUCUCAUAUUUCGGUUAGGUUCUGCAUUGGGGGCCAUAGGCGGGUUUUGGUGUGAAGGGUCAAAUUUACAUGUUGUGAGGGAAGCUGAUGGGGUUCUGCAAGGGCAGUAUGGUCCUCAAGCUAGUAAAGGGGCUCUAGAUCCCUUAUUAACUUAUGGUAGCAAAGGCUUGAUGAGGAUUGGAAUAGAUGGGCACAUGUUUGGGUGCACUUGUAGACGAAUAGGGUGUUUGGUGACUGCACAGAGGAGGACCAUACCCCUACUCUUGCUGAUUAUUUUUUAAGAAUAGUUUGGAUGGCAACCUAUAGUUUGGGGACUGUUUAUUGCCAAAAUCCUUUACUCUCCCCAUGAAGCUAGUUAAUUAGGUGAGGACAUCCAGUAACUUCCAAUGCUCAUAGUGACUCUUCUUUCUACAUUAGUAGCCUUAUUUAGCCCAUACAACGAUUGCAAUUGCAAUCUCUAGUUGUAGAUGGUUCUCUUUAUUUAAUUAUCUAUAUUCGUUAUGAGCAUAAUUUAAAUCUGCUAUUAAGCUGUAAGUUAUGCUUUUGAUUUUGCUUUUUAGGCUCUUAUGCUUUAGGUUAUAUGUCAUGUGAUGAAGUUUUUUUACUGUACUUUCUUAUUAUUCAAUAUAUUUCUCCAUUUCUU